AAUCAGAGACGAAGCGCGCAAAGAUUUUUGGGUCUGAAUUUGUCUAUAUCCGGAGCUUCUUGAUUAUCUUGUGAGACGAUGAACGCAAGAGUAUUAUUUUAUAUAAUAAUUUUUAUAAUAUCGGAUUCAUUUGCUUCUCAUACAGUAACAGACACCAAGACAAAAUGUAAACCAUAUAGAGCUUACUUAUUCUGGGACAUCUGCAGUAAUGACAAAAUAUUUUACACACAAAGAAAUGCUAUAAGUAAACUAAUAAAAGACAUGCCAAAUGGCUCUUUAGCUCAUCUCACACUCAUAGGAGCAAUUUCUGAAAAAACUAUCGACAUCUUCAUAGGCAAAUCAGAAUGGCAGAAAAUUAUUUCACAACUUGGACCUGAACAAGAGAGUAUGAAGCGAAAAAUUCAUUUCAAACAUAUAAAAGGAGCUAUAGAAGGAACCCGAGGUCGUCACGAUUCUCAAGAAAUGGCAACGUUGAUUUUCUUUGUAUUGGACAAAGAUUCGGAAAUAGAGAAAAGGGAAAGGAUUAAACAAUAUUUGGAAGACAAAGUGACUUACGUAAUGUUCACAGGAGGACAAGAUCUGUCAUUCACUUUUGUCAGUAUUGCCACUGACGGAAAACAUAAAUUUAAACUGAGCAUAAGUGAAGACAACGACAUAGGAGGGCUUCUGGAAGUUGUAUCUAAAGAUUCAAGGUUGUUGUGUGGUACGUCUUACUUCUGGAACAGCAAAACCUGUCAUAGAUGUUCGUUUAUAUGCGGUUCUGAUAAAUCGGAAUAUUGCAGACAAGAGUGCCCAUAUCAUGAGGGAACCAAACAAAGUAUUCACAGAUAUUGCGACACUGCUUGCUCACAAAUAGCCGGCAACAUGUGUACACAGCAAUACAUUUUUUUACCUAUCCUCGUUAUAUGUGUUUCCUUGUCCUUUGUAUUAUAGUAUACGUCCACUUAAAAAAGCAAGAAAGUCGUGAACAAGAAGAAGUUCUUCAUUAUUUACUUAAAUGUUCUCAAGCACAAUUAACACUAGAAAACAAGCAUUUGUUAACUGCUAGAAAUUUACGGCAUUUUGUACUAAGAAAUAACCUCUGUCAGUAAAAUUGUAUCAUAAGAAAAUGACCUGCUUUCAGGGUACGGAGUUUUGGCAAACAGAGUAUUGCUCUCGACCCUCUUUCAUGUGAUGUGCAUAUUAUGAUAACACCGUCGUAACUAUACGUGUAUGUGAUACUCUUUAAAUCUGUCUGAUUUCCUUGCGGUGUAAUCUCUUUGAUAUUUAUUUUAGAAUAACACACUGCAAUUCUUAUAAAUUUAAGUGUUAAAUUAAUGUUUAAUUUUCAACAUUCCUGUUAGUUUAGGUAAUCACAUUGUUUAUGAUAUUUUGUGUCAUGGACCACAAUGGUUGUAACGGGAAGUUCAGUCCAUUCUAACGGUGUGCACUGUAUAAAUAUAUUAUUAUGUUUUAAAUUACAUAUCUGUUAAGAAAAAAACAUCUGUCAUAUAACAUUUUAAUAACAAACAUUUACUUAAUUUCAUCAACCUAUCUUCCAAUUCAUUGAUUAAAUAUAGUAGAAUAUGUGAUACAUUGUAUAUCUUAUGUCCAAAAUAGACUUUUUAACAAUAGGGAUCUGAAUCAUUUUGAAUGCCAUCCUAAAAUAAUGAGAUAAUUAAAGAAAUACGAAAAAAUCUUAAGCUAAAUAUUAAUUAUCGUGUACAUUUUCUAUACAUGAAACAAGGAAGUUAUUUGGUCUUUAUAGAACAGUAUUAGAUACCUAAUGCAGAACUUCAAUUCUGACAGGUAUUAAUUUAAUUCAUGGGGUGUGGCAACAAACCCUACCCGGAGACAACAUUUUAAUGAUCAGAUUAUGAUGUGUGUGGGUUUUUUUAUUAAGAUAUAUUUGCAAAUAUACAUGUACUUUUUCGUGUUAAAUGAGGGAAAAUAUGGUUAUUUUACAGUUUUAAAGGUUAAUAUUUCGAUUCUGAAUGGUACGAAUUCUUUAUUUUGUCUUCUCGUUUUUUCACUAAUGUUCAGAAGUUUAUCUAGACAAUUAUUAUAUGAAGUUGGUAUGAAAUAUCUACAAAAGGACACAUUUACCAGAAGAUGAAAAUGAUAAAUGGGCAAUCGUACUAUUUUUUUUAUUCGAAUACACCUGAUAAGGAAAAUAAUUUCACUCCAUACCAGAUAGAGAUUGUUUGUUUGUUUUUAAUUGUGUAUGUAUGUUUUUGUACUUCUUUGUUUUUGCUUGUUUUUGUUUGUUUUCUUAUAUUUUUUAAAAUGACAGUAUUGAUGUAAAUGAUAUAAAUAUCUUGCCUUUAUUUUGAAAUACAUGUAUAACAAACUAAUAUUACAAUUACUUGAUUAUUAAUGAUUAUAUAAUAUUUUGUACAUUCACACAAAUUAUUUAAGGCAUGAGGGGCCUCAAAUAUUAAGAUAUAUGGAUACUCCAUUGAUAGAUGGCAAUUAUGACCGUAUUCUUUAAUCCAUCCUCGUUCUAUUUUAUCAAAUCUGACAUAUACCUAUUUCAGUUUACCAAAAUAAAAAGAAUUUCAUAAAUGCAUUCUUUGGUUCUGUUUCUUUUCAUUUCAUUUCAAAAACAUGAUUCUUUCUUGCUAUUUCUAAAAUUAGAUAAAGAAGAAAAUAAAUUGUUGUUCUAUGUAACUGAUACAAAAGUUGAACUUAAAUCGCAAAUAUUUUUCAAACAAUAUGGUAAUAACUUGUAUUUUUAACAUUUGUGCCAAGAAUGUGAUAACGUUUAAUAAUGUAAAGUUUUAGAUUAUUUUUGAAACUUUGUCAGUUAUACAUCCAAUACCAUGGGUGAUACUUCUAAUCUUCGAAAAGCCAUUCUUCUAUACUUCUAAUUAUAUUUGAAUGUGAAAGCAUGUUAAAUAGCUGGUAAAUUUGGAUGGGAUCAAAGAUAAGGCAUGUGAUAUUUGACAUUCCUAUAAAAUCCAAAUAUUUUAUCAGAGAAUACAUCAGUUAGUUGUUACAUUCAUUCACAUUAAGUUUUGCUUUUGAAUUUUGUUCAUUAUCAUAAUAGUUUGGGUUAGGGACUAAAGAUUAAAGACCUAUCACAGUUAUAUAACUUUAUGAUAAAAACUAGUCUAUAAUAUAUGUUGUAAAUAAAGUGUAAUGUAGUAGUAAUUUAUAUGAGCAGCCAGUUGUUGUUCAGAUAUGUGAACGAAUCUAGAAGAUCACUUAUGAAAUAAGUUCGCAAAAAAGUAAUCUUGUGCAAAAAAUUGUCAGACACUUCUAGUCUUUCAAAAGUUUCUUAAGCCAUUUUCAGAUACACAUAAUGUAUGUCUCAUAUAUUCAGAUAUAUGUCUCGAUGCUGCAAAAAAGUUGUUCAUAUUAUAAGAGAGACACUUAAAUUUAUAGCUGAUAUCUACGUGUAUAGUGUAUAAAAGCCGGGCUGUUCAUGAACCGUCAUCUUCUCUUUUAGUAAUCAUCACAUUUGUUUGUUAUUUAUUGUAGAAUGUAGUGUACAUUGUAUUCAGAACCAGUGCACAUAGAUAUUGGUUGGCAUUUAAAGUAAAAUUGUUUGAUGUAAUACCAUAUACAGAGGUGUCUCCUGCAUAAUAGUAUCAUUGAAUUAUGUAAGUACAUUUAUAUAAACAAUAAUUCUCAUUGAAAAUCAGAUUCUAACUUUGCCAUUGUUAACGAAUUAAUUUUAGCAUUUGUUUUAGCAUUUAUAUUUAUGUUCGUUAUAUUAAAUUUAUUCAUAGACAUAUAGCUUCUACUUAUAUAAAAUAUUGUUCAGAAUAAUAAAGACUUAUUCUUCAUUCAAGUAAAACAAAAACAAUGAUAUUUGAAAGGAGAUAGAAAUAAUUAAGAUUUAGAUAGUAUAAUGGUAAUAAUUGUUAAUAAGUUUUCUCUCUCCAUUUGCGCAUCAUCUUUCAAACACACCAAGUCACAAGAAGUCAUCUACAAACAUAUUUUACAAAGAUCUGCAGGAUAUGUAAUUAGAUUCAUUUAUGAUCAAGACAUUUAAUCAUUUUCACUGAUGAACAAACCUGAGCAUGAUAAAAGACAUACUAUUUUAUUAAAGUAGUUUUUUUGUACAGAAAUAUCUUUGUUAAAUACAAUGCAAUUCAUAGGUUACUCAAGUCUACAAGUUUCACCAGUUUUUGUUUGUUUCAUUGCUGUCAAGAAAUCACCCAGACUUCCGUAACAUAGUAUGUUGCUGGGUUGUGUUCAGGGAUGCCUUCAUUGGAUACCACCCUUCCUUGUUGAUCUUUGGUUUCAUAUUUGCGUUAGUUUCAAUUUUAUAACCUACUUAUCUUUCUAUUUUUACACUCCCUCCCAUUUUCAAUUCCUUUAAUUUGUGUAAACUCUUACCAUUUUACCACAGCCUUCAAGAUUAACAUUUAAACUUCGAGGGGUUACUUUAUUUAAUUAUUUAGUGCUAUUCGAUAUUAUUACAACCUCUCGAUGCCUUCCUAUUUUAACACUCCCUCUCCCUGUACAUUUCCUUGUCUUAGCGUAAACCGUAACUAUUUAACUUCACCCUCUAAGAUUCACAGUUAAACAUCGAGGGUUACCUUAUUUAGUUGUUAAUUUCUAUUCGUUAUCAGUACAACCCCUCCAUGUUUCUUCUUUGUGCUCCCCAUACCCUCGUUCUCUUUGGAGUUAUUCUGGGUACGUUUGUGGUGGUCAUGUACACUGGUUUGUCGGGACUCCAUUCUGUAAACCUGGCUCUGUCUAAUUGAUAAUUGUCCACAUAUUUUACAAUUUGCGCAAAAUAUGAUAUAAGUAUUGUGUUGAAAACGAAUAUCAGUUUUGUUUGUUUGUCAUAUUUAACAUACUUUUAGCAAAAUACUAUAGCCAAUCAUCUAAUAUGUUAUAUAUUUAUGUUAAUAUUUUAUGUUAUUUCAUUCUUCAUUGCUUUUAUAUUUCAGAUGACUCAAUAUUACUCGUAGUAUUACUAUUGCUUGUGAUAAUUAUUGUAUUUUUGGCUUGUAUGAAAAACCAUGAUUUGUAAUGAUUUCUCAUUAUACAUAUAUGUCAAUAGUUUUUUUGUCAGAACAGAAGUACUAUGUUGCAUAUUUGUAUUACAGUCUUUGCAAAACAGAAAUAUUGAACAUGAUAGAAAAAACAUGCUCAGUCUGUAAAACAUUGCAGAUUUUAAAUAUGACCUUUGACCAAGUCUACAGUUCAAACUGAAAUGUUCUGAAAUAUAGUCAUGUGAAUAAACAUCGAAAGUCAUGUACAAUAUAUUUUUAAGAAAAUGUAUUUUUGACGAUAUCUCAUAAAUGAUUUGUGAGAUUUUAUGUUACUUAUUCGCUACUGAUUUUGUAUUAUUUCUUACACUUAAGACUUUGCAAACUUUAAUGUACAAACUGCAUGCAUAUUUUUAAAUUUGAAAAUGUUUAGACUAUGUAGUAGACACGGAUAACAAUACGCGAUUGGUAUAGUUGUUUAGGCGUUAUUCUGUCAACAAAUUUAGUUCUCAAAUAGCUUCAAGAACAUUUUUCUUUACAAAUAAUUCCUUUUUUAUUCUGUUUCACUUAACAUUAGGGAAGAAGUUGAAUUACUUCAUACAAUUAUCUGUUCUAUAUGUAAUAAUGGCUGUGCAAUUUUGGGAGUUCCUAUCAAUCCAUAUAUAGAAAAAGUUUCUUAUUUAUCAAAACAAGCGUUUAUCUAACAACAAUGGCAACUAUACACUUAUAUUGUGAACUUGACAUAGGGCAUCUUGAUAUUUCAAGGAAGCGGCGAGUUUUAAUACCUCUGCUUAUUUAUGUACUGAUAAGAUAUUGUGAAGUACAUU